GAGACUUGAAGGAUAGACUCGGCCUCACGCCCCCCCUCCCUCUACGAUCUCUUGACGAAGUUACGCGUAUCGGUCACUACACAUCUUCAACAUGGGCGCGACCGUGCAAAGACCUCUGCGAGGCUCCCGUAUAUCUACCUUCUACCCCGUGAAAACCCUCCCACCCAUCUCGUCUCUUGACAGCGCGUUCCAAUUGCAAGAAUACAUCUCGCUGCUCAUUCGGUCGGACCCGCAUGACGUGGAGCACAUAGUCUCUCUCCCGGGGAAGCUUGCGAGUAAGGAGAAGGAGGGCACGCCGGCUGAGGAGGAGGCGAAGAGCGAGGAGAAGGAGGGGAAGAGUGAGAUUACGGUUGAUGAGGCAUGUUGGAUAUAUGAGCAGCUACGACGACUCGCGCAGGACCUGACGCAUCCCCUCAUUACCAUGUUGCAGCAAGAGUGCACGAGAUCGUCAUGUCCUGAGAUGAAAGCCGGUGAAUGGAUGUAUUUAUGCGUCGCCCACGGGAACGACGGCGCCAUGGAGCAAUGCUGCGCAAUCGACUACAUCCUGCACACCCUCGACAGCGCCACCGCGCUCCUCAAUUCCCCGCGCGCCUUCCCCUCCCGGUGAGCCCCUUCCCACCCACAUACAUACACACACG